AUGAUUCUUACUGUAUUUUUCCUGUUUGUCCUUUAUAGAGAAACAACAGGUUCAGCCAGAGUGCAUGUUUAUGUGACCACUCCAAUGACCUGCAAAGAAGCUCGAAAAUAUUGCCAAACAUAUCAUACAGACCUGUCUACAAUUAGCGGUGAGGAGGAUGUCCAGAUGGUACACGUGGCUGCUGGAGGGGCUUACAGUCAGAGUUGGUUCAGCUCAUUAAUUCAGGAAACUGAAAACUCGUGCACGUUAAUGAAGUAUGAGGAAUCCAGAAUCCCAGCUCUAUGGGUUGCAUUCUGUGGGUUUCCUUGGCUGUGUACAAGUAAGUAUCCUUUCUUCUGCUAUAAGAACUUGAAUCUGGCGCUAGAGAAAAAGACAUGGGAGGAAGCUCUAGAGUACUGUCGGUCUCGCGAAACUGAUCUGGCCUAUGUGGAUCCUAAGGUGUUACCAAAUAUGAGUAAUGCCCAGACAGACAGUGUGUGGACAGGCCUGCGUUUCCUGGCUGGAAUGUGGUUCUGGGUCAGCAAGGAGAAUGUUGAGACCAGCAUCACUCUCCCCUCAUGCCCACCUGAGCCGUACCGUUGUGGAGCCUGCAAUGCCAAGACAGGGAAUUGGGAGAACAGAGACUGUGAGGAGAAGCUCAAUUUUCUUUGUUUUUAA